AUGAAGCAACAGAGCAGGACGCUGCCAAGGUGUCGUCCUUCGCAGGCACCACCACCGGUGCCGAACAAGUAUGCACCAUCGAACAGAUCUGUAGACGUACAUCGACUGAAGGACGAGAUCGACAAGCUGUCUCAGCAGUUACUGAUGGUGAAAGCACAGCUUCAUACGCGAAUUAGCGAUGAAAGUAAGGAAGACGCAAACACUACAAGCAGGUCUGAGCAGAGCACUUUGGAUUCACGUUUAUCAACAGUUUUAUGUUCUCCAUUCGAUACCGAUUGUUCUCUCACUCCACAACCUACACUAACACCACUUCCAGAAAGUAAAAAUACGUUUAUUUUCUUUAGCUGUGUUAUUCUAAAAACUCAAAAUCUCAGGUGCGGCCAAAAACCCGCUAUCGCUUUGCUCCUCUGCCUGCUCCAUCACACCAACUUCGAAGGCAAAAAGGUAAAACGUGAAAUUUUUUUGAUUCAAAAGUCUCGCACCAAAUUUUCAAAAAAAUUUAGAAUCUCAUGCCUUGUGAAGUUGUUUGAUAAUUAUAAUAGUUAGGA